ACGGCGCGCGAAAGAUCAAAAUUUCAAUUCGGUGUGUAUGGAACAGGCGGGAGGAAGAGAAACAGCCCACAUAAAAGCUUUUUAAUUAUGCUUUAACUUCCUGAAACAGCCUUUGUCACGCAGACACUUGCUUUUCCACGUCUGUUGUGUCCGCGGACAGUCGACGAAGCGUUGUCUCGGCUGCUUCACUUCACUGAAGAGCGUCAACUAGCUCGGCGGACAAAGAUGAGCCUGGUCGUUUCUCAACAACAGGCUGAGGGGCUCCUGGUUGUGGCCCAAACAGCAACGGAGAGUGAUUCAGACAGCGGGAUGGGCUCCCCAGCAGAGGAAAUGGUCACUGAGACAGCUAACAAAAGAGAAGAGCUACCAGAAUCUGACGACGAUGAAGCCAUCAAAGUUCACAGAAAGCCUCACCGUAACGCCAUUAGGGACAGUGACAGUGAGGAAGAGGAGGCCGCUGCGGAGAACAGUGUACACAUGGCCGAAGCGCUGGUCUUAUCCGCUUCCAGCGCGGAGGAGAUGGAGGCCGAAGAGGCAGGCGAGAAGGAUGAGAGGAAAGAGAGGGGGGUGCAGAAGAAGAGCAAGAGAAUAAGCCGCGCUCCGGUUGACAGUGAAGACAGCGAGCCUGAGCAGGAGCAAAGUGGAGGAAUGGAGGAGCAACAGGAGGAGGUGAAAUCACCGAAGGAACGGAAGAAGAGAGAGAAGAGCAAGAGGCAUCGGGAGAAGAAGGAGAAGCAGAGCAAAGCUGUGGAAAAACUGAAGAAAAAGGAGAGGCUCUCUGAAAUGAAUGAGAACACGCCUCUCCCUCGGGCUCUGAAUGACAGUGGGUGUCUGCUGGGCGACACAGACCUGUUUGACACUGGUCUGGACGAUGAGGAUGAGGAAGAGUCUCUGGAGGCCAUCCGAGCUGCUGUCAAACAAAAGAUGAAAAAACACAAGGAUCCUUUCCUGGAUGAGGAGGAAGAGGAGGAAGAUGAAGACCCAGCAGAGAAACCCCAACGUGUGGAGAGGAAAGCUGCGCGCGCCAGCAAAGAGGCAAUGAAGCAGCUCCACAGCGAGUCUCAGAGGCUGGUCAGAGAGUCCACACUUGGCCUGCCCUACCACCUCCCUGAGCCGAAGACCAUCGACCAGUUCUUCAGGAAGAGAACCCGGCCGGAGGGUCCUGCCAUGGCGUUAUUGAAAUCCACAAAGUAUUCAGCCAUGAUGUUGGAGACGCCAUCGGCUCCUCCACCUCCUCCUCCCAGUGAGCCUCUGCAGCCAUCCACAGAGCAGGACUCCUCUCCCUCUCUAGAUCUGUCGUCCACUCAGAUCCAGCCCAUAUCUCACCCCGCCGCCACCUCGUCCCCGCAGCAAGAGAGCCUCAGCCAGGCCAGAGAGGCAACGGCGAGCCAAGAUCCCGACCAGGAAUCCGGACCGAUGCUUUACCUCUCCGAGAGUCUGCAGGAGUCGGUCACAGCAGAUGGAGCGGUGAGACCUGCUUCUGAUUCUGGAGAAGAAACACCUCCUGCACCAGCAGAGCAAAACAAGACUACAGAGUUGUCCCCGCAGAAAGAGCCUGUGUCUGGGGCUUCGGUGGAGCCUUUAGCAGCCCACUGUGGAAGCUCUGAUUCGGCCGCAGCAGAGCCCUCAGCACAGCAACCAACCAAACCCAAAAUGGACAAGUUGGCCAGACUGAAGAGGCUUGGACUGCACCCCCUACCUGUCGCUAAAUUGUGUCCAGAUGACGGGGCCUUCGUUCAGCUCGAGCCUUCGUCGCUCAACUCUGGUGUGGAGGCCCUGAAAGUGCGUUACCUCCGUCACGCCAAGGCACCGGCACGCCCUCAGGGAGAGCGAACCAUGCAGGUCAACAUCGUCCGCAAAGACAGCGCCCCAUCUGGCCAGGAGGAGCUGAAAACCGAGUCAGUCACUGUCGCCGUUAAAGAGGGAGCAGAGGAGCCUGUGGCAACCAAACCAGGAGAGAAGCUGCUGACUCUGAAGCAGCGCCUGCAGCUCGCCAUGGCCCAACGGAGGCAGGAGGAGAGGGCGCGCAAGGCCGAGCUGAAUCGCCUUGACAACGAAGAGUGUGGGGAUGAGGAAGAGGAGGAGGAUGAGAUGACAGAUGAGUCUGAGGAGGAAGAGAACGUAGAUGACUUACUCGGAGGUGAUGGUGGCGAGGAAGAAGAUAAGGAGCAUGAAGAUGAGGAUGGCAGUGUUGCCCAGAGUAUCAGGAGUCCUUCUCCUGUGGCAAACCGACACUCCGACCUGAUCAAUACAGACAGCACACUCAUGCUGUUCCCCGGCAACUCCUGCUCUCGUACCGGUGAUGGUGUAAGAAGGUCUGGUCCUUCUGGACAGGACAGUAACAGCAACAGCAAUAAGAUGGAAGAGUACGACUCUCUGUCUCUGGUGAAGGACAACAGCCACAACAGCAGCUUUGAGCUGGCGGGAUCCAUGAUAACCUCCUACCAGCCUGUCAGUCACCAGCGCUCCGCAGGGAGGAGCGUCUCCAACUCCAACUCCUCCAUGUUCCGCUCCCCUUCCCCCUGCCUCUUCAGGCCCAGCUUCCUCGGCUCUGCCUCCAAAAGCUCAGGCAAACUCUCCGAGCCGUCUCUCUGCCUCCCCGCUGAGGACUCCCAGGACCUGUAUGCGCCUCCAUCCCCAGGAGCAGAUUCGGGGCCCCUGGGCGGAGCGGCUUCAGGUCCCGGAGGAGACUCCCAAGGCCGCUUCUCCCUGGAGGACGACACCCACUCUCAGCUGCUAGAUGCGGACGGCUUCCUCAACGUGGGGUCGCGACCCGGUGCGCCUCGAUCCCACAAGAGACAGCUGAUCCUGGACAGCCUGGAUGAGAAUGCGAUGGAUGCCAACAUGGGGGAGCUGUUGGGGUUGUGCUCGGGGGUUUUCGGGACAGCGCACAGCGGCUCAAGCAGAGCAGGAGGCCUCGGGGUGUCGCAGGAGGACGAGCUGCUGGGGUUGUGCUCCGGAGCGUUUCCACAGACACAGGCAGGAGACGAGCGGAAGGUAACGGACAAGAGAGAGGACAGAGGACGGGAUGAAGAGUCUGAUAAUACCAUGGAUCAGCUCCUGGGCCUGUGUUCAGGGAAGUUUCCUAGUCCAGGUUAUGCUCACACGGCCUCUCCAGCACAAGACAGUAAAAAUAAGUCAGAGGAGGAAGAGCAGCAAGAGGAGGAGGAGGAGGAAGAGGACAGCGAGUUCCGCCUUCUGUCAGAUGUGGAAAGUCACAGUGAACAGGAGGAGGAUGAGGAUGGUGGAGAGGAAAACGUUGGAGAGGAGGAUGAGGCAGAUGCUGGUGAGGACGAUGACAAUGACGUAGAAGAGGAGGAGAUGCAGGGUGUCUUCGCAUCACAGCGGGUUAAGAAGAAGAAGAAGAAGAAAAUGCGUUUGACCGACUACCUGGAGUCGGAGGCUGAGCUGUCCGGCAGUGACAUGGGCAGCGACGACGAGGACGGAGACGGAGAGAGCGAAUACGAGGAGGAGGAGCUUCUCGAGGAGCUUCCCUCUGACGAAGAGCUGCAGGACCAGGUCAACAAGAUCCACAUGAAGCAGGUAAUGGACGAUGACAAGCGGCGUCUGAGGCUCUAUCAGGAGCGCUACCUCGCUGACGGCGACCUACACUCUGACGGCCCGGGACGAGCUCGCCGCUUCCGUUGGAAAAAUAUUGAUGAUGAAUUUGGCGCAGACAGGACGGGAGCAGAAGGUGGGGAAGAGGAGGAGGAAGAUGAAGAAGUGGACCUGUCCGAGGUCCAGAGGAGGAAAGAGAGACUGGAGAGAGAACAGUGGCUCAGAGAACAGUCUCAACAGAAAGCCAAGAAAGGGGAAGAUAUGGAUGCAGAGGAUGCAGAGGAUGAGAAGAUCGGAGAGGAAGACAGUCAAUUUAUGAAGCUGGCCAAGAAACUGACCGCCAAGACUCUGCAGAGAAAAGAGCCCUCUGUGGCACCACAGCCAGAGAAGAAGACACCGGCUCUCAACCCCUUCCAGAGACCCUCGCAACCCUCACAGGUGAGGAGAGGGUCACUUCUGAGUCAGCCUCACUCCGUCCUCCAGAAGCUGGCUUCUAUCUCAGAGGGGAAUCCUCUGGCUCCCAGAAACAGCAGAGGCUUCCUGUUCCAGACUCUGUCUCCUGAGAAGGACAAGUCGACCUCAGACGCUCCCAAGAAACAGACGAUGAAGAAGAGGGGGCCUGUGGAAGCGGUGAACCCAGCAGCAAAGAGGGUGUGCAGGGAGAACAGACCUGCAGGACAGACUAAAGGCCCCCAGAGGAGCAUCUUCAACUUCCUGGACCACUGAGGUGGUAACACUACCAGCUGAAGGAUAAUCAUCAGCAGUUAAAAGCCUGAAUGGACCUCAUAUCCAGUAUUUCACAAGCCAGUAAGACCUCAAAAAUGAAGUGGGUGGUAAAGGGACGGUUGCGUGCCGAGGUGCCUUCUGCAUCGCUCUUGAGACUCAAAUAUAGAUGUGCGUGUGUGUGUGUGUGUGUGUGUGCGUGUGUGUGUGUGUGUACGUACAUGUUUACACAUUGCCUUAAAAUGGCAAACUUAAACACACCACUGAGGCAUCUCUUCUUCCUCACGAUCACCUCUCUAGUUGGGCUUGUGGUCACGCCAACGGAAGCAUUCAUCUGUCACACCUUACUUGACUUAAUCUGGACUUUCUGACAGAGGUCUAUUUAAAAAUGUUUUAUCAUGUAAAUAGGAUUGAUUUGUUUUUUAAUGAU